AUGUCAGACUAUCUGAGUACUUGGUAUUCUGCCAAUACUCAUUCGAGACAGAGUACAUACUCGAACUUUGCAUUCCCAGCUGCUCAGCAGGCAUUCCAGGAAGGACUGAACCGAUUCGCAUCAGAUCUAACCAAAGACUCUGAGAAAGUCGGUUUCUCGCAGAGUUUCUCCAGUAUACAGGAUAUCCAAUCCCUAGCACAGGACUCAUUUGCCAAAUACUCAGAUGAGAAGCGCUUCCCGAAAGCUAAGAAAUGGCUUCAAAGAAUCACUUCCAAAAUUCAUCACUAUGGCAAUAUUAUGGAUGUCUUGGUUCAGCAUCACCCUGACACCUACGCACAAAUUGUUGACGAGUCAAAGUCUGCUCAGAAUCACGAGGCGACAAUAGCUUUAAUCUCAAAAGCAAUGUCGCAAAUUGCGGAUUCUUUACCUCGUGUUGAGCUUGCCACGGUUCUCUAUCCAACCGAUCGCAUGCGGCAAGCAGUCAGCAACCUGUAUGCCAACCUUGUGAGAUUCUUCAUCCGCGCUCAUGAAUGGUGUCAAGAAGGCACACUGCGCCAUCUUCUGCAUAGUAUCACCCGCCCUCCCGAACUCAGAUACCAAGACCUCCUCGAAGAUAUCACAGCCAACUCGCGGGAGAUUGACCAGCUAGCUACUGCUAGUGCCCGUGUGGAGAUUCGGGACAUUAGUCUCAAACUAAACUCCAUUGUCGCAAAACUGGAUCAUUUCCAAUCCUCGUCGUCAAGUUCUGUCAUCCAGACGAACCAGAAUAUCAUCGCUAAGCUUGACUCUUUCCAUGCUUUACACUCAAGUGCAUUGUUGGACACAAAUCAAAGGUUGUCAGACCUCCAGUUCUCACAGAUCAUGUCACAUAUACAAGAUGGAAAGCUUGGCGACCCCUUGGAGGCAUUCCGAUAUAACGUGUCGGUACAAAUACGGCAUGACCGUGUCAGGGUAUAUGAGACGACGAAUGAGUUCUGGCAGUCACCCAAGCUACAUGCGUGGUCAACUGCACCAGAAUCAAGAGUGGCUAUUAUCAAAGGUGGUCUCCGUGCACGCCAUGCUUCUAGGAAGUUUUGUGUCAACAUCAUCAAGCAACUACAGUCCAGAAACAUACCUGUAAUAUGGGCUUUGCGUGGUGCCCAAAAUGAGUCUGGAGAUGGACGAGCUUCAAGCACAGACUUGUUCAAACAUCUCAUCCUCCAAGCGUUCAAGUUAUCCCAGGACUGUACAACCGAAAGCGCCAUGUCCCUUCAAUGUGCGCAAUUUCACAGAGCCAACGUGGAACAAGACUGGCUUCAACUCCUUGGCUCUGCAUUACUUCGGGCGCGGACUCAGAUCUACGUGGUCAUUGAUUUAGCGGUCAUAGACCACAAUCUUCUGCCAGCAGAAGGCUUCUCAUGGUUCAUUGCAUUUCAGAGUUUGUUCACAGAAAUGGUCAAACGGUCACCCAAGCUACAGGUCAAAGUACUGCUCUUGGGCAACAGUGUGACACAAACACCCGUUCGCCGGCGGAGAAAGAUGGAGCCGCGCAUCGAAGCUUACCAGCGGAAAGGAUAUCCUUGGUUUUAA